AUGGCGCCUUUUCCCAGCCCCACCGCGUACAGCAUUGCCUGCAGGAGGGAGAGAGGGAAGAGAGGGAGGGAAGCGAGAGAGGGAAGAGAGAAAGGGAGGGAGAGAGGGAAGAGAGGGAGGGAAGCGAGAGAGGGAAGAGAGAAAGGAAGGGAGAGAGGGAAGAGAGGGAGGGAAGCGAGAGAGGGAAGAGAGAAAGAGAGAGAGAGAGGGAAGAGAGGGAGAGAGGGAAGAGAGGGAGGGAAGCGAGAGAGGGAAGAGAGAAAGGGAGGGAGAGAGGGAAGAGAGGGAGGGAAGCGAGAGAGGGAAGAGAGAGGGAAGAGAGGGAGGGAAGUGAGAGAGGGAAGAGAGAAAGGGAGGGAGAGAGGGAAGAGAGGGAGGGAAGCGAGAGAGGGAAGAGAGAAAGGGAGGGAGGGAGAGAGGGAAGAGAGGGGGGAAAGAGAGGGAGAGACGGACGAGCUCGGCAUGCAGGGCCCCAUCGUCCCUCUUAGCGAGGGACAGCUGCACCAGCUGAUUGAGCCCCCAUUCGGCCAGUAG